CCUCUGGUUUGACGUUUUGACGGAUAGAGAGCAAGUCACCGUCCGCGUGCUGUUGUGCUUUGUUUACAAAUCUUCCGGAGUUUACACACUUCAUUUCUACUUGUGUUUAUCAACUAUUCAUAAAAUUCCUUGGAAUUUAUUAAUUCUUACAAACGAAUUGUGUGGAGUGUUGGAUUUACUUGGAAGUACAAUACUUGUAAAAGUUUUUUGACUCCAGGAUUACUUCUCUUUGUAUCACUCGUCAAAAGUAUUUAAUUUCCAGUGGCCAUUUUUUCGAAGGGGCCAGCGAUCUGUUUAUACCAAAGGGGACACUACCAGAGAGGAACACGGAACACUGAGUGGGCCAAAGCGGGAUCUUGUAGGGGCCGAAAGGGCCGGAGCUACAUGAACACGGCCCAUGGCUCAGCGAUACGAAAAUGACAUCCCGGCACAUUACCCUGGCUCAAUCGCGGGUAUGGAUGGCAUGUACGAAUCACAUCGGACGUUACCCAACCACCCGGCCCUCCAUCAGGGUAACCUCACGCCAGGCAUGCACCAGUACCCCCCUUAUACGUCCAGUAGUUCAAUGCCGGGGGUCAGUUCGUCUCAGGAUAGCCAGUUAAAGCGAGAUAAAGAUUCAAUUUAUGGACACCCACUGUUUCCAUUAUUAGCACUUAUAUUUGAAAAAUGUGAACUAGCUACAUGUACUCCGCGGGAACCCGGGGUGGCUGGAGGGGACGUCUGUUCGUCCGAGUCAUUCAACGAAGACAUAGCAGUUUUUAGUAAACAAGUUUUAGCACGGUCGGAAAAACCGUUAUUCUCAGCAAAUCAUGAAUUAGACAGUGUGAUGAUACAAGCCAUACAAGUCCUUCGAUUUCAUUUACUGGAACUUGAAAAGGUCCAUGAACUUUGUGAUAAUUUCUGUCACAGAUAUAUUAGUUGUUUAAAAGGAAAAAUGCCAAUAGAUUUAGUGAUAGAUGAUAGAGAAGGAGGAAGCACGACAUCCAAGUCUAGUUCGGACAAUCCUCCGGAUCCUAACGAUGUUGUUGACCAAAGGCCGCCCUCACAAUGUUUGAAUUUUAGCCAACAAGAUGACACCCAAUCCUCACGCUCCGGAGACACACCCAUCACAACUAGUCAAUCAAACACCAACUCUUCACAACACGCAGACAACAACAGUGAAAUAGGUGAUGGGUUGGACAACAGUGUAGGGUCAGGGGAGGGAACUGCUGACGAAGACGCUGAUGGAGACAGAUCAAAUUCAAAACGACAGAAAAAACGGGGAAUAUUUCCAAAAGUAGCAACUAAUAUCAUGCGAGCAUGGUUAUUCCAGCAUUUAACGCACCCAUACCCAUCAGAGGAACAAAAGAAACAGUUAGCUCAAGACACGGGAUUAACAAUAUUACAAGUCAAUAAUUGGUUUAUCAAUGCAAGACGAAGAAUUGUUCAGCCCAUGAUUGACCAAUCAAAUCGUGCAGCCCCUGGAAGCCAUGGUUACAGUCCGGAUGGUGGCAUGGGCUGGCCCGACAACCAACCCAUGGCCCACAUGGGGCCCCAUAUGCUCCAAGGUCGACCUGGCAGUGACAUGUACGACCCUAUGAAGGCCGGAUAUCCUCACAUGGAUGGUUCACAGCGCUAUGACAUGUUAGGUGUUCAGGGUAUGCAUGGUGGAGACAUGUAUGGAGCGCCCCCUGUCACAGGAAGUAGUUCCUACUCACAAAUGUCACAGUUACGUCCCCCUGUUCAUUCGCAGGCCAUGCUAAUACCUGGACAUCCACAUCAUAUGAUGAUGGGCCACGGGGCUCCGGGAAUGAGCCCACAUGGCAUGUCAAUGGGUUCCGCACAGAGCCCACCUCUUCAUAGCAGCAUGGAAAGCAUGGGUGGACAUAUACAGGAUAUACAUGCAGGGUAGGUGUGGUCGCGGUGUACAGACUUGUGCGUCAUGCCUGGCUGACUUUCCUGUCGCCAUACACCGUUGUAUUGUGGUUGUCAAGACAACAAGGACAAACUUGUGUGCGUUGGAGCGUGGCCCUGGGGUUUGACUUGGACUAAGGCCAGUGUUUAUUUUGGUAGUUUUUAACUACUCAUGUCAGUGAUAUGGUGAUUGGCUGUGGUAAUCGAAAGUGACGAACAGACAGAAUCGGACCAGGUCCGGGAAGGGGAUGUAAUUCCAGGCUGUGCAUGUGACAAAUAUCUGUCGAAUGUUAUUGUGAGCAUAAGGAAUAUACGCUACAUGCCAAAUGACGGUCUAUACCUGGUCAAAUCAGCAAAAAGCUAGUCAGUGUCUCGUCUCCUUGUGGAGGAAGAUGGACAGACAGUUGCGAUUGGUGUGACCAGCCGGCGAGUAGGCUGGUCAUAUGGACAUGGAGGGUGUGUAAAGGGCCAACUUGCCUCAGGUCGAACUUAUGAUAUACUAGUCUUUUUAGAUGUUCCAUGUUAUCUGUAUGGGGAUUGGGGAAAAAAACACAAAGAUGCUGAUAGUAUUAUCCUGUUCAGGAAGGUAGCCAUGUGAGACUUGUUCAAGUAUUAGUAUUUAUGAGACUCACAAGUGUCGUGUAGUUUUAGCAAGUCGGAUUGAGUGGUGACACCUUUGAAAUACCUCGUACUGCCAGGGUCGUACCAGUUGUAACGAUCAAAUAUAGAUGUGUUUUUUUGCAAGCAUUCCACUUAUAAAUUAAAAAAAAAAUAUAUUUCAAUUUUUUUCUAGAUCUACAAUUGAUUUAUGUAUUUUUCUGAGAUCCUGUUUCCCCAGUUUUGCGUCUUCUCAUUUUAUUAUUAUAAAUAUAUGUUUUUUUAUAAGUAUUGAGAUAGGAAUUUCACAAUAUUUGUUAUGAGAAGUAUCACAAUAAUCAAUGUCAGUAUUAAAUAUAUAAUGAUCUGUAGAGAAGAAGCAAGACUGGGGAGAUCGUCAGAAAGCUCGUACCAUAUAUACGCAAACAUCUACGGCACUAAUUGGCGGUGCCCAUCAGCAUACAAGAUAAACCUUUCCAGGCCAGGCAAAUUUUUCUGUUUGCCUUGCUGACAUUCGUUUAUUAUCAGCUAAAUCACAAGGUCAGAUGCCGACCAGCAGGAUCAGGGAAGGAUUCCCAAGGUCGUGGAUACUUCUCAAGGUCACUGAGAAUUCAUUCUCAGGAGUGUCUUAAGGUCAGUAGAGGACAGUUUGUGAUUUGCUGCUGAAGAACUAUAUAUAGAUACAUACAUGACCAAAAUUGGCCAAUCAGAUUUGAGCUUUAAAGUUACCUCAUACAUUUUUUUUUUUUUUUUUUUGUUGUAAAAUGCCAUUUUUGAAAGAAUGGUGGUAAUAAUGGUGCAUGUUGGACAGAAGGAUUUGGUGCAUUAUAUUGUGUAUAGUAGAACGGGAGGUGCAUGUGCGUGUUGGUGCUUGGUAUCAAGAGAGCGUGCUAGCGAGCGAGAAUGGCGCACAAAUGACAGCAGAGGAUUUUAUUGUAUGAUGAAAACCUUGAUUUGUUUGAUUUGUAAUGCCUCAUGUGGUUGAAAGCCAAGCUGAAUUGCUGUAUAUCUAAAGCAAUAAAAUAUCAGUGUGAUUUUUGACAUUUUUGUUUCGUGAAAUAUAUAUUUAAUUCUGGUUUUUUUCUGGUUUAUUUUCUUUGUUGCUAGAAAUAAUGAUUUUAUUCAUGAUACAAACUUGGCAUUUUACCCUGCUUUUUUUGGUAAGGAAUACUGGCUGGGAUUAACUUCUAAAGCAUAAUAUUUGAUGUAAUGACUUUGUAUAGGCGUCAUGAUCGUUUACAAUACUGAGGAUUAUGAGAUCAAAUUAUUUUUAUUUGUAGUGAAUCCUACCUGUACUUAGUUGAAGAUUAUCCUUCCAAAGUGAUCAUGAAAAUAUAUUUUGUGUUGUCAUCCUCCCCAAAUGAUUAUCAAAAACAAUUUUUUAUGUUGUCUUUAUCAAUAAUAUCAGGAUCACUUAUGAAAGAAAUCACACUAUUAUACUAUUUUCUGAAGCAACGUAAAAAUCUGUCGCAGGUGCCAUUUUAUAUCGUGUAAGGGACUGUAAUGUGAAAUGCUGGGAUGACAUCGAGAGUUUGAAGAUUAUCUUUUAAUUAAUGGUGUACGUGUUAUUGUUUCCUUUUUUGGUUGAGCCUUGAUAACAAAGGUAUACUGUAUUAUUCAAGUUCAAGUUCAGCAAAUUGAUAAUAUCUAUUACAGAAAUCAACACAGUUUUCGUAAAUUUGAAAAUAAUGUAAAAACUCUUAACAGACAUAUGGAAUACAUUUUAGUUUCAAGCAGUAUUAGUGUUCAAAAAAUCAUGAAAUGAUAUUUGAAAAAUCAAGUGCUGAUGUUUUCUAAUUCUUAAUCAGAAAUUAAUUUAUAAGUGCUUCUAGUAUUUUUUUUUUUUUGUUUUUUUUUUAGUUUGAAGUUAUGAAAAAAUGAUUUGUGAGAACAUUUAAAGACAUGAUAGUUUUCCAAGUGCUAUUGGUGCAAAAAAACAAGUUUAAGUUGUAAGUUUUCUUUUAAACAAGCUGGUUUUUUUUUUUGUUUUUUUUUUUGUGGAUUUUAAUACUAUGAUUUUAGUUCCCAAUGCUUUUUAACCUGUUUCCUUUCCACUUUAUUUUUUUUCUUGCAGAAAAGACCUGAUGUUUUAUACAAAUUUCUGAUUUUAAACCUGCAAUUUUACACCUUUUUUGACAUGAAGGUAAUUUAUCGAGCCAUUGUAUAUUACAAUGUCUACAGAUUUUACUUUCCAACAGUAAGGACAAUCACGGGCAAUUUCACCAAAAACUUGAUAGUGUAUGGUAUGCUUGUUUGAGAGUGAGCGAGACUGUGAGAGAUGGGUGUGGCCAAUGGGCGUGGCUGUAUGUGAUGGGCGUGGCCUAUUGGCCAGGAGAGGGCUGGAAUAAUUGUCAGUAUUAAAUGUUUGCAUGGAAGAUGUGAGAGGAGUGAUUGUCGCCAAGCUUGGAGCUUAGUUCUUUUGAAUUUAGGGAAUUUUAAUACGAGAUUGUCACAUAUUUUGAGUAAAAUUCCAGAGAAAUAAACUGUUGUAAUAAAA